ACUUCCCUAACUAUUUGAGAUCUUACAAUAAAUGCCAUUCAUCCAUUGACCUUAUACAAAUGCAAUUCGCUCUCUUUUCUCUCAAGUCACAACUGCGAGAUACUAUAGUUUUACUCAUCCUAGAAGAAUUAUACCUUUUCCAUUACAUACCAACCAAAUUUUUGCAACCUAUGAUGUUUGUGUUUUCAUUUGAAACAACAUAGGACAACAUAGUUUCACCAACACAAAGUAAAUUAAACAAUUAAUUGUAAACCAAAAUGGGUUGUUGCGCUAGUAGUAACAGAUCUUCAUCUCCAACAACAAAAAACAACGAUUGUGAACAAUCAAGAUCUAGCAUUUCACAAGUGAAAUCAUCAGAAAACAGAGCACCUCCUACUCUUCCUUUGGAAGAAGAAACAGUGAAAGAAGUUUUGUCGGAAACACCCAAAUGGAAGAAACCUAGCUUGGUCAAUUUUGAAGGUGAAAAGCCACACUGUUUUGUGAAAUUCGAUAGAGAGAACAAAGUUGAGAAACCGUUCUACAAAGUCGAUGAGAUCUCUGAAGUUUCCGAUGUUUGUAGUUUGAGCGAAAGUGUUUCCACAAUCACUGUUGAAGAAGAAGCGCGCCAAAGGGUCAACGGAUCUCCCGCUAAAAUGCGCAAAAAUCGCACCUUGUCCGGUGACAGAAGAGAGUGGACGGCGGGGAAGUCGCCGGUGAGGAGGUCGGAGCAAUCUCCGGCUAAAAGGAAUGUUGCUUCAGUGAGGAGAGAUCAAAUGGGAAAUGGGGGAAUCAGGAACCAGUCUCACCGGCGAGACGCCGGCGAAAAUUCCGGCCGCCGAUCUAGAUCGCCGGCCACCCGCACCGACAAUGGAUCGACAAGAUCAGUCGUGGGUCGGAGCUUAUCUGCAAGAAAAAUGAACCAAUCGCCUGCAAGGGUUAGAACCACCGCGCCGGAGAAUGGUGGCCGGAAAAUGGAAAAUUCAGCAACAAUGGAGGGUAAAUGGCCAUCAACGGCUAAUGAGUCGUUGGAAAAUCCACUUGUGUCAUUGGAAUGCUUCAUCUUUCUCUAAUUGGUAAACUUGAUGUUAAAUCAUAGGUAUUAGUUUCUAGUAUGAAUUAGUAACUCAUAAAAUGUGUAUCUUCUUUAGUCAAUUAAUAGUGAUAUCAAGUUUUAAUAGUUGUUGAAGUCAAAGGUCAAUUUUAUGAGACUAAAUAGUAAUUUUAUACCUUGAAAUGUAAGUGCAUAUUUGGAGAAGGUAAAAAUUAAUUUUAAA